AUGGAAGGUGGUGGAGCUGUUUAAUAAGUUGUCGUGAUUGAUAAGAUAUAAAUAUUAUUGAAUAAGAUUUCUGCAUAUAACAAUUUAGCAGAGAGCAAGGGAAAAGGAAUUUGUCCAAAUAUUUUUAUAAGGCAGCAAGAUAUAAUGGAGAAAUUAUUGAUUCUGCAAAGCAUGGGAGUGAAUGACGAGAUAUUUGUGAUGGGGUUUAUUUUGGUCGAUCGACUGACAACAAUGAACGAGUUUUAUCUCAACCGAAGAAAUAUUUACAAGUAUCUACUAACAAUUAUGUUUGGAAAGCCUUCUUAUGACAGCCUUGAUUCUGUGUCUGAAGAUGUAUGA